UACAGGAGAUGACCAGAGACUGCGGACACAGUACAGAUGACCAGACAUUGCAGACACAGUACAGGAGAUGACCAGAGAAUGCGGACAUGGUACAGGAGAUGACCAGAGAAUGCGGACACAGUACAGGAGAUGACCAGAGACUGCGGACACAGUACAGGAGAUGACCAGAGAAUGCGGACACAGUACAGGAGAUGACCAGACACUGCGGACACGGUACAGGGGAUGACCAGAGACUGCAGACAGUACAGCGGAUGACCAAGAGACUGCAGACAGUACAGGAGAUGACCAAGAGAUUGCAGACAGUACAGGAGAUGACCAGACACUGCGGACACGGUACAGGGGAUGACCAGAGACUGCAGACAACAGUACAGGAGAUGACCAGAGACUGUGGA